AUGAAUUUAAGUUUAAUAGAUCCAUUUAAACAGGCCGAUGUACCAGAAGCGGUCGAGUAUUAUUUAGUAGAUCCCUCCGGUAUGAAAUCAAGUGUUGCACAAUUUAAUAGAAGAGGAACAUUAUUAGCAGUGGGAUGUGGUAAUGGAACUAUAUCUAUAUGGGAUUUUGAUACCAGGAGAAUAGUUAGAACUUUAUAUUUUCAUAAACAGUACAUUACAUCAAUAGGAUGGUCAAGGAACGGUAGAAAAUUAUUAACGAGUAGUUAUGAUGGAUCAUUGGUACUUUGGGAUUUACCCAGUGCUAAAAUAGAAAAACAUUUAGAAUUAGAGUCACCCAUUAUAUUUGCACAAUUUCACCCAAGAGAUAAAAGAUAUAUUAAUAUAACUUAUUUUAGCAAUGUAUGUUUAAUUGUUCAGAAUAAAACAGAUCCAUUAUUAUUAGAUUUUAAAAGCAUGAAAACCAAGGUAUUAAAUUAUAAGACAUUAGAAAAAGAAGAUGAAAGGAUUAUAACCAAUACAAAAGGUGAAGCAAGUUAUGCAUCAUUUAAUAGAAAAGGUUUAAAAAUUAUUAUAGGUGAUACAGCAAGUAUGAUUACAGUUAUAGAUUAUAGUUCAAUGAAGAUAGAGAAAACCUUUAAGAUUGCAAAUUCAAGUAAUUUAACAAUUAAGCAAAUCGAAUUUAGUAGAAAUCAUAGAUAUAUGUUGGUGAAUUCAACAGAUAAAAUAUUAAGGUUAUUUUCAUUAGAGAAUAAUUAUCAAUUGGUUAGGGAAUAUCAAGACAGUGUAAAUAGAAUGCAAUGGAAGAAAUGUUGUUUCAGUAGUAAUAACGAAUAUAUUUUAGCAGGUAUUAAUCACAAGUCAAUCAAUACACUAUUUAUAUGGAGUGUAAGUGGUGGUUUGGUUAAGGAUUUAGAGGGUCCAAAGGAGGGAUUCAAUGAUGCUAUAUGGCACCCACUUAGACCAUUAAUCGUUAGCAUCAGUUUUACAGGUAUCAUUUAUGUUUGGACCGCAUAUUUUGAAGAGAAUUGGAGUUCAUUUGCGCCAGAUUUUCAAGAGUUGGAGGAGAAUUUGGAGUAUGUUGAAAAAGAGGAUGAAUUUGAUAUCAAAGAAGAAGAUGAACCAAUAGAAGAAGAGGGUGUAGACGAAAAUGGUCAGCCUAAAGUAAAAAGAAUUAAGAGACAAAAGUGCCAACAAGAAAUUGAUGAACUCAAUCAAAAAGAAAAUGAUUUUGUAGAUAUAGUUUCAAAUGACAGAUUGGACGAUUUUAGUAGCGAUGAAGAGGAAGAUUUAUUUUGCUUUUCUGUAAUAAAUGAUAAGCAUGCAUCAAAUCUACAAUAA